UGUUUGAAGGCACUGACCUGUUUUUUCACUCCUCUAAACAUGUUGACCACAUUGUUGAACGUCAGAAUUCACCCUGCAGGAUCUGAGAUGGCAGCUCCCUCCUCCAAACAUCACCUUUUUUGAUUUUUUUUUCCCACUUUGGUUCCUUUUUACACCAUCUGUUGUGUUGCAGAAUGUGUCCCAACAUCACUGCACACCAGACCCUAACGCUCAAAGCAGCAACAUUGAUGUGUGAAGAGGUGAAACACAACCAUCUAUAUGAACAGUAUUAGAUUAGAUGACUCUUGACAUGCAGAUUUACAGACAAACACCCAGUAGAUGUUUGUGGCCAAAAGGCUUGAACCACAGAGGCCUCAGCUGUACCAGACCGCAUGUAUCACCAGAUCAGCCCCUCCCCUCCUGUCUUUACCCCAGGACAGUCGGCAGUAGCUGUAUUAGUGGGUCUGUUGGUGUUGGUGUAAUCUUCACACACCGUCUCAACAGGGGAAAAUCCAUGCUGACAUCUUCCUUCCGGUGUCACAAUGACGGCACAUAAAAAGAGUUGAGACAUGACACCAGCACAGAGCAGAAGGCAUUCAGCUCUUUAUCUGACCGUAAACAAGCAUUUUAAUCUGUCGGUGACGCUUUUCUGUCAUACAGCGGAUCACGGUCGCCCGUUUGUGUCACUAUGGCAAAAGACUUCACGGGAAGCUGUUUAUUCAAUGUCUUGGGUGCAGGGUUUACCAUUCUCAUCAUAGCUGCAUUCCCAGUUACUGAGAUCACCAUCGGUGCGCUGUACCUGCAUGAGUGCCCAGUAGCACCAGCGAUCCCAGUCUGUGUGAUGGUGUGGGGGAUACUGGUUUUGAUGGUCAUAGGCCUGCUUCUUCUGCCAAAACUCUGUCCAGGAGCCCCGGACAACACGACCUUGGCUCUGUCUAUCUGGAGCCUCUUUCUGCUCCUCGUUAUCGCAGUUCUCUAUGGCAGUUACCACAUUUACGCAGUGUAUCCUCCCAACUACAACAAGGCUCUCACCCACACAAACGGACCCAACAGCAGCAUCCCCCGUGUUCCUGCAGCUGACAAGGUCCUUCCCACCGCGCAGAACGAGAACCACACUCUUCCACUCCUGAACCACACCUGGACGAUGCAUAAGAACCACACCUUAACGGAUAUGAUUCAGAAGUUGGUCCGAAGCAGAUCAGAGGGCGAGCACCUGAACGCCACAGCGCCUUACUGCAACAGAACCGUGUACCUGUUCGCCUUCUGGACCACCACGUUAGCCUAUGUGCUUACAGGACUCUCCCUGGUGAUCCUCUUCUUUUUCUAUUUUUGCAUGAAGUUAUUAGUUUCCAUUGUCUACCACUGAUGACUUCAGAGGACGCUUCCGUUCGCAUCACGUUUAAGGAAACCGUAGAAGUGACAGCUGCUCUCGAGUGGCCCACCAGGAGCUCCUGCUUUUGAAUAAAAGGCCGCUCCACUUGGCCACAGUGCUGCAUGAGUCAAACAUUCAAAUGCUUCCUUCUCACGUGUGAUUCAGACGGUACCAGGAAACAAAAAUCCCAUGUUGCUUCAACGUAUUCAGCCUUUCAACAUACUCCAGGCCCCAGUGCAGCUCACACAAGCCCUCCUCUUCAUCAAUUCUAUGUUUACGUAAGGAGGGAAACAUCAGACAUCACCCAUUUUUUACAUCACUGUGUUAAACCCUGAUGGAACAUGUCUCUUCUUUGUGUGUUGCUGGGUGCUUUAUACAAGCUGUGUUAAAGACUUGUUCCUCAUGGAGAGGAACAGAAGAGUUUGUAGUGUGUUUCUGCACAUUUUGGAUUUUAAGUUUAAUCACAGCAGAUUUUAUUUUCUUUGUGAAUAACUUGUUCAGUAGCUCAAUAUCAAAAUAUAUUGAGCUAUACAGGGUGUCAAAAUAUCAGUAGUGUAAAUACGUUGUAAAAUAAGUAUUAACAAUAUGUUUAUGUUUGACAAUUUACUGUGGGUCUAAUACUUUUUGUGAGUGUUUUUGUAAGACUCAUCAGAUUCUCUAUUACCUAAUAAACAUCAGGCAAAAUGAGGAAUUUCUAGCUCUAACGUGAAGACGACAAACAUGGACUAGUUCUGUUAAAGCUGAGUAAAGAAUGGGCUUAAAAAUGACUAGAGGAAAGCCAGUGUGUCUAAACGUCACUGUUCAGGGGUCAGAGGUCAUCGCUUACAGGCCCUCCACUGGUUCAGCAUAGUCCCACACAGUCAGG